AUGAGUCACAGCGAUCAGCCUCAGCGAUCAGCCGGCAAUCAGCCACAUCGAUCAGCCAGCGAUCAGCCACAGAGAUCAGCCAACGAUCAGAACCAGCGAUCAGCCAGCGGUCAGCCACAGCGAUCAGCCAGCGAUCAGCCACAGCGAUCAGGCAGCAAUCAGCUACGGGGAUCAGCCAUAGCGAUCAGCCGGCGAUCAGCUAAGUCACAGCGAUCAGCCACAGCGACCAGCCAAAGCGAUCAGCAACAGCGACCAGCCAAGGUUCAGCCACAGCGAUCAGGCACAGCGAUCAGCCACAGCGAUCCGCCAGUGGUCAGCCACAGCGAUCAGCCAGCGAUCAUCCACAGCGAUCAUCCAGCGAUCAGCCUCAGCGAUCAACCAGCGAUCAGCCACAGCGAUCAGCCACAGCGAUCAGCCAGCGAUCAGCCACAGCGAUCAGCCACAGCGAUCAGCCACAGCGAUCAGUCAGCGAUCAGCCACAGCCAUCAGCCACAGCGAUCAGCCUGCAAUCAGCCAACAAUCAGCCACAGUGAUCAGCCACAGCGAACAGCCAGCGAUCGGCCACAGCGAUCAGCCUCAGCAAUCAGCCACAGCUCGCUGGCUGAUCGCUGUGGAUGA